GCUGAGCUCGAGCUUGUGCAGGAGGAGGGAGCCGGCAGAGAGCGUGGUCCCCAGGGGCCAAGGAAGACUGGCUGGCCAAGCCGUUACUGGUCCACGCAGUCAGAGCAUCCUCUGCAUCCCGCCAUGGUUCUGAGGAAAAAACUGAGUUGCUUAUGGACGUUAGGUCUCUGUUUGGUAGCCAGUAAAUCGCCUGCUAAAGUCCCCUCUAUCACAGACCGGAGUUUUAAAGACCAGUGCGUCAAGGCUCAUAACGAAAUGCGUGGCAAAGUGUGGCCCCCCGCGGCUGACAUGAAACACAUGAUUUGGGAUGAUGGUUUAGCGAAGAUUGCUAAAGCGUGGGCAAACAAGUGCACAUUCAAACACAACUCCUGCUUAUCAAAAUCAUACGGAUGCCAUCCAACUUUUCAAUUUGUUGGAGAAAAUAUCUGGUUAGGCGGAUUAAGCAUAUUUUCACCACACUUUGCUGUUGUUGCUUGGUUUAAUGAAACUGAAUUUUAUGAUUAUGAUACCCUAUCAUGUUCCAAAGCUUGUGGCCAUUAUACGCAGGUAGUUUGGGCCAGUUCCUAUAAAGUUGGUUGUGCCGUGACAAUGUGUCCUGAACUUGGGGGAUUUCAAACUGCAAUAUUUGUAUGCAACUAUGGACCUGCAGGAAAUUUUCCAAAUAAGCCCCCUUACACUAAAGGAGUAUCCUGCUCUUUGUGCGCAGAAGAAGAAACUUGCAGAAAGAACCUCUGCCGUAAUAAAGAACUUGAUAAACCUGAAAAAUAUCCUGAUUGGAAUCCACAGGGGAAGGCACCUCAGCAGAUAUCAUGUAAUCCAUUGUGCCUGGUUUCUAUUCUUCUGAGACUAUUUUAAUUAUCAUUUACAUACAAGAAAAGUUUUCAAACAUGACAAUAAACAAACAGUUUAUGGCUAAACGUAAUUCUCAUCAGUUUAAUUCUUAAAACUUUACACUCUUGUCUGUUAUCUAAAUUUAACGUCUGAUUUUAACAAAAGAUGUAUUGAGUAUAGGAUGGUAGCAGUAAAAAGAAAAAAAAUUAAGGUGUGUGGGUUUUUUUUAAGAU